AUGCUGGGCAUGCCGUUCACCGGAAUGUCUGCCAAUGAAUGGAGAAAUCCGUCGAAGGUCGACGAUUUGUCCUGUUUGGUAUGUGGUGAUCCGAAUGCAAAGAGACACUAUGGCGCCAUGUCGUGUAAUGGAUGUAAAGGAUUUUUUCGACGCAGCAUCUGGGAAAAACGCGUCUAUCAUUGUGCAUUUGGUGGACGGUGCAUCAUCGAAACCAAAUACCGUAAUCGCUGCCGGCAGUGUAGACUCAAGAAGUGCGAAGCUGUGGGGAUGGAUAGAGAAGCGGUCAGAACAGAAAGAAAAAAGAAGACACCAGAUUUGGAUAACAAAACAAUCAAAAUGGAAAUCAAAGAAGAAAUAGACACAGACUCCGAUGACGACGCCAACCUUCCGAACAUCCAUUCAGACUACUCAACCAUGGGACACGAAGCCAGUCCAGAAGACAUCAAACCAGACCCUUUCACCCUUUUGUUUGCCGGUAGAUCGAAUUCCGAACGAAUCGCGGCGUUGAGAAUUGGGGAAGAAAAAGUGAUGAAUGCGUUCGAAGUCAGCUUCUAUGUUGCUCAUUACACAAUGGAUUGUGCUAUCGGUCCGGCGAUAGAGAAUCCAGCGAAUGUUUGUGAGAGGACAGAAGUACUAUUUCAUAAUUCAAAUCCUCCACUUAUCACAUUUGAUACUCUUCGGUUUAAUUGGUGUCGCACAUUUACGCUUACCAUUGACUGGUUCGCAACACUCCCAGAGUAUAAUAUGCUCGGAAACAUCGCGGAUAAAAAGUUACUGGUCACAAUGGCUCUAAUGCCUGUUGGAUGGCUUUGGUAUGCUUAUAUGGCGUAUGUGACAAAGACCGAGGGCAUUAAGUUCAUCGAUGGGAGUUGGUUCCCUAGUGAUGAGACACUUCAGCAGUCUGUUUGUUCCAAAUGCGUCGGAUACUAUGGAAAAAUCACAAAAGCAUUCAUGGCGGAUGUUGUGAGUCGAAUGAAGGAACUUCAAAUGGAUGAGACGGAAAUGUGUCUUUUGAAAGCAAUUAUCACCACAAAACCCAGUCAUUUAUACUCUCAAUUCGGACGAAUCGAGAUGACGAAAGGAUCCAUGAACUAUCGAAGUACACUUUGUGAAUAUAUUCGUGGCAAAUGUGGUGGUAGUUAUCCCGAUGCAGCAGUCAGAGUGGCCAAGCUUCUGCAGAUUAUUCCUAUUGUUGAUGUUCUCGGAAAGUUCGAAGACGAAAGUGCUAUUCUCGUCUCUCUGGAAGAAGCAUCUUUUGGUCCAGGUGGUGGCCUAGCAUACGACAUUCAUACAAAGGAGGCCACGAAAACGGAACGAAAAGAAAAAGAGAAUGCGUUCCAAGAGCAUAAUAAUGCACAACAUCACAUGUUCAAACAGCAAUGA